CCUCUUCUCCAGAUUUCCCGACUCGGACCUACUCCCUGGGCCCUUGUCCUGGGGGCACGCCCGCCCGCUCCACGCACACCCGUCCCCGGCCAAGCCCUUAUGCUGAUCCCUGGAGCCUGAAUCCCCCACCCAAGACUGCUGAGCCCUUGUCGAGGUCAUCGGAUAGGGUGAGAGCACUGGGGGCGGGGACCGCAGGGGCUCUCGGCUCUGCUCUGCCUCUCUCCCAGGACACUUUGUCCAGCAGACACCCAUUCAGGCUCCGUCCCUUUCCUGGAGCUGUGGAGACGCAGGAAGGCUGGCUGGUACCCCUGGGGGGGGGUGUCUCUGAAGUAGAGUGAGGAACCAGGGGUGGGCCGCGUGGCAGAAACUGUCUGACAUUCCUCCUCCUCUCUCAGUGAGAAGGAUGCUGGUCUCCAAAAUGACUUCCAAGAGGCAGUGGGAUGCGUAGGGGAAUCGUGGGGACCAAGGACACUGCUUUUGGGAAGACAGGACAGGUGGACCAGGCACUAGGACACCCAGGAGGAGGGUUCUUUCCCGGAUUCCAGCCUGGAAAGGAAGCAGGACCAUGAGGCAAGGGAGGGGGGAGGGGAGUGUCCUAAGUUUCUAGGCAGGAGAUGGAGCCCCCUGGGGCCUGGAAUGGAGUUGGUGACGUUGGGAAACCAGGCCCCAAAGAGCUCCUCAGGUGGGCAACAGAUCAGCUCUACUCCCUGAGGGCCUGAGCCCUUGUCCCGCCUGGCCCAAGGCUGAUUCUCUGCCCCUCUGCCCCGCCCCCCAGGAGGUCCCACCUUCCAAGAGGCCUGAGGUUUAGGGCCAAGGCUGCAGCCCCUGUUCCUCCAGCUCCUGCAUUCCGAUUCUGGAGACUGACUGGGAAGGCACGCGGGGCCUCUGGUUUUUCCUGGAUCUCAGAGUCAGGCCCACGGAAAGCGAGUAAAGAGAUGGAGGGUCCCUGUCCGGCUGGUCCAGGGCUCUCCCCGGAGCUGGCCAAGUCUUUCUCCCACCAUCCCCCAACAGAGAAGGGCUGAGGCCCCAACGCAUCAGGGGGAACCUGAGAGAGGAAGGCAGAGCCCCUCAGACGGAGGAACGGAGGCUCAGGGAGGUCCGGCCUCUCUGUCUGCAGGAAGCCAGGGAAAUGAUCAGCUGGUAGCACUUCGCCCCUGGCAGAGUUUGCCUGUCCUUUGACACAGAUGGAAGCAAACCGGGGCGGGAUUGGCGUGGGGCCGAGGAGGGAGGGCAGUAUUUAGGGAUCCACUAAGAAGAGUCAGGCACUGGGCUAGCCCUGGGGAGGCAGGAAAGACCUGGCCUGCCCUCAAGGAAGUCUUCCUGCAGCCUGUGAAGACCAUAAUUACGAGGUGUGACAAGGGCCAUGGGUGAAGGUGAGAGCACAGUGGGCGGAGAGGUCCCUGCCCCCGAGAGGAGAGGGGAGCACAGUUUCUGACCCCAGAUUAGCCGGGAGUCCGAGGAAGGGACAUUCUCGCCUGACAGAAGACGAAUGGGAAGACACUGGUUUGUGGCAGAGCACAGUGACUUCUAGGGACUUUGAGACCGCACCUGGCAGGGGACAAAGGGAGAGGUCUAGUGGUGCUCCAGGAGCGGCUUCAGCAGGUGUUAUGUGAGCCAAACCCUGAUCGUCCAGAAGAGUGAGCCCUGAAAGCUGCCACCCACUCAGAAGGCUCUGUGGGGCUUGCUGGGCUGUGGACACCCCCAGGCCCCUCCGCCUGGGCCCCCGUGGAUAGGAGGGGCCGGGCACGCAGGCCGUGGGCUAUGGUUUGGUGCCUCGGCGUGGCCAUCCUCAGCCUGAUCAUCAGCUGGGGGGCUGACGGUCGAGGGAAACCUGAGGCGGUGUCUGUGGUGGGCCGGGCCGGCGAGACUGCAGUGCUGGGCUGUGACCUGCUGCCCCCCGCCGGCCGCCCACCCCUGCAUGUCAUUGAGUGGCUGCGUUUUGGAUUCCUGCUUCCCAUCUUCAUCCAGUUCGGCCUCUACUCUCCCCGCAUCGACCCUGAUUACGUGGGGCGAGUCCGGCUGCAGAAAGGGGCGUCUCUCCAGAUUGAGGGGCUCCGAGCGGAAGACCAGGGCUGGUACGAGUGCCGCGUGCUCUUCCUGGACCAGCACAGCCCUGAGGACGACGCUGCUAACGGCUCCUGGGUGCACCUCACGGUCAAUUGUAUGAACCCGGGAGCAGCACCCCCUCAGUUCCUGGAGACGCCUCCCCAGGUGCUGGAAGUGCGGGAACUUGAGCCUGUGACCCUGCGUUGUGUGGCCCGGGGCAGCCCGCAGCCUCAUGUGACCUGGAAGCUCCGAGGACAGGACCUUGGCCAGGGCCAGGGUCAGGUGCAAGUGCAGAAUGGGACGCUGUGGAUCCGACGGGUGGAGCGAGACAGCUCCGGAGUCUACACCUGCCAAGCCUCCAGCACCGAGGGCAGCACCUCCCACGCCACCCAGCUGCUGGUGCUAGGUCCCCCCAUCAUCGUGGUACCCCCCAGGAACAGCACAGUCAAUGCCUCCCAGGAUGUUUCCCUGGCCUGCCGGGCUGAGGCGUACCCCACUAACCUCACCUAUAGCUGGUUCCAGGACAGCACCAACGUGUUCCACAUCAGACGGCUGCAGCCCCGCGUGCGGAUCCUGGUGGACGGGAGUCUGCGACUGCAGGCCGCCCAGCCUGAUGACGCGGGCCGCUACACCUGCGUGGCCAGCAACGGCCUCCUGCGCCCGCCCUCGGCCUCUGCCUACCUCACGGUGCUCUACCCAGCCCAGGUGACAGCGAUGCCUCCGGAGACACCCCUGCCCGUGGGCAUGCGGGGGGUGAUCCAGUGCCCGGUCCGGGCUAACCCCCCACUGCUCUUUGUCAGCUGGACCAAGGAUGGGCAGGCCCUGCAGCUGGAUAAGCUCCCUGGCUGGUCCCAGGGCCCGGAGGGCUCACUGAUCAUCGCCCUGGGAAACGAGGACGCUCUGGGAGAGUACUCCUGCACGCCCUACAACAGUCUCGGUACCGCGGGGCCCUCCCCGCUGACCCGCGUGCUGCUCAAGGCUCCCCCAGCUUUUCUAGAACGGCCCAAGGAAGAAUAUUUCCAAGAAGUGGGGCGGGAGCUACUCAUCCCCUGCUCCGCUCAAGGAGACCCCCCUCCUGCCAUCUCUUGGGCCAAGGUGGGCCGGGGGCUGCAGGCCCAGGCCCAGGUGGACAACAGCAGCAGCCUCAUCCUGCGGCCACUGACCAAGGAGGCCCAUGGGCGCUGGGAGUGCACCGCCAGCAACGCUGUGGCCCGAGUGGCCACCUCCACACAUGUCUACGUGCUGGGCACCAGCCCCCACGUUGUCACCAAUGUGUCCGUGGUGCCUUUGCCCAAGGGUGCCAAUGUCUCCUGGGAGCCUGGCUUUGACGGCGGCUAUCUGCAGAGGUUCAGUGUCUGGUAUACCCCGCUGGCCAAGCGUCCUGACCGAACCCACCAUGACUGGGUGUCCCUGGCAGUGCCUGUGGGGGCUGCUUACCUCCUCGUGCCGGGGCUGCAGCCCCAAACCCAGUACCAGUUCAGCGUCCUAGCGCAGAACAAGCUGGGGAGUGGGCCCUUCAGCGAGAUUGUCUUGUCUGCCCCAGAAGGGCUUCCCACCACACCGGCGGCCCCCAGGCUUCCGCCUACUGAGAUGCCUCAGCUCCUCUCACCUCCCCGAGGCCUGGCAGCACUGAGGACACCCCGGGGGGUGCUCCUGCAUUGGGAUCCCCCAGAACUGGUCCCUGAGACGCUGGACGGCUAUGUCCUGGAGGGACGGCAGGGCUCCCAGGGCUGGGAGGUGCUGGACCGCGUCGCGGCAGGCACGGAAGCGCAGCUGCUGGUGCCAGGGCUCAUCAAGGACGUACUGUACGAGUUCCGGCUCGUGGCCCUGGCCGGUAGCUAUGUCAGCGAUCCCAGCAACACGGCCAACGUCUCCACUUCCGGCCUGGAAGUCUACCCCUCGCGCACACAGCUGCCGGGCCUGCUGCCCCAGCCGGUCCUGGCCGGCGUGGUGGGCGGGGUCUGCUUCCUGGGCGUGGCUGUCCUCGUGAGCAUCCUGGCCGCCUGCCUGACCAACCGGCGCAGGGCAGCCCGUCGCCGCCGCAAGCGCCUCCGCCAAGAUGCGCCUCUUAUCUUCUCUCCUCCCGGGAAGUCAGCUCCACACUCUGCCCCGGGCUCAGGCAGCCCUGACAGCGUGGCGAAGCUGAAGCUCCAGGGUUCCCCAGUCCCCAGCCUGCGCCAGAGUCUACUCUGGGGGGAGCCUGCUGGCCCCCCCAGCCCCCCUCCGGAUCCUCCGCCUAGUCGGGGGCCCUUACCCUUGGAGCCCAUCUCUCGGGGACCAGAUGGACGCUUUGUGAUGGGACCCAAUGUGGGAACCCCCGAAGAAAGGUCAGGCUCUGAAGGAGCUGAACCUCGGACCCCGGCCCAGCGCCAGGCCAGGUCCUACGACUGCAGCAGCAGCAGCCCCAGCGGGCAGCCCCAGCCGCUCUGCAUUGCAGACAUCAGCCCCGUGGGGCCCCCUCCCGCAGCACCACCUAGUCCUCGGCCUGCUCCGGGACCCUUGCUCCAGUACCUGAGCCUGCCCUUCUUCCGGGAGAUGAACGUGGACGGGGACUGGCCCCCUUUUGAGGAGCCCGCGCCUGCUCCACCCCCAGAUUACAUGGAUACCCGGCCCUGCCCCACUUCCUCUCUCCUUCAUCCCCUGGACCCCGACACUGUGUCUCCCGGGGCAGUGCUUCCCAGGGCUGCGAUGGGGGCCGGGGCCGCCCCAGAGCCCCUGUACACAGCACUGGCUGACUGGACGCUGAGGGACCGGCUGCUGCCAAGCCUCCUCCCUGCCGCCCCUCGGGGCAGCCUCACCAGCCAGAGCAGCGGACGGGGCAGUGCCUCGUUCCUUCGGCCCCCCUCUACAGCCCCCUCUGCAGGAGGCAGCUACCUCAGCCCUGCUCCCGGAGACACCAGCAGCUGGGCCAGUGGCCCUGAGAGGUGGCCCCGGAGGGAGCAUAUAGUGACAGUCAGCAAGAGGAGGAACACGUCUGUGGAUGAGAACUAUGAGUGGGACUCAGAAUUCCCUGGGGACAUGGAACUGCUGGAGACUCUGCACCUGGGCUUGGCUGGCCCUCGGCCCCGACCUGAAGCUGAGCCAGAGCUAGAUGUGAAGACUCCAGUGGAGGGCAGCCUCCCUAGCAUGGCCUGUGCUCCAGGCCCCGAGGCUCGGUGCGCUGCCCUCCGGGAGGAGUUCCUGGCUUUCCGGCGCCGCAGAGAUGCCACUAGGGCCCGGUUACCAGUGUACAGACAGCCAGUGCCCCAUCCUGAACAGGCCACCCUGCUGUGAAAGCUGGGUGAAGAUACACAGACUGGGCAGAGGAGGGCCCGUGGAGACCCAGCUCCAGCCCGGAGCCCUGGCCUGCCCCUUUGGUGCUCAGACAUAGCCCUGAUGGUGGGUUGGGAGGGUUUGGCAGGAGAUGUCUGUGCUGGGCCCCUAGAGCCUGGGGACUGGAGCAGGGAUCUUAGGUCUGCCCGUGUGUGUGUGUUUGUGUGUGUGUGUGUGUGUGUGCUCGCGCGGUGAUGGUGAUGGUAUUUGUGGUGUGGGUGAGGUUUUUUACAUGUGAAUAAAGAAAUUCUGAAAAA